AUGAGUAGACUAAGCACAACAUCUGUUCCCCCCCCACCAUCCCUAGUUUCUCAUCCGACACCCGUAUGAUACCUUAAGGUUCAUCAAGCUUCCUCAGUUCGACUCAAUCCCCCCUCUAUCAUUCCCACGACCUUCAAGCCACGGCUACUAAAAACUCCCUCACAACCUAUUAGAUAAGAAAGGACUGGAGAAAGAAAGGCCGGCAAUCAUGGCAUCCCCUGAGGUUCUCUCCCAGCUAACCUCUAUCGAAACCUCCUCGGUCUCACAGGGCGACAAAUCCCACUCCUUCAUCGCCCUCCUCCAGCCAAUCCUCACAAACUCUCCAGCAACCAACUUGGAGGCGAACCUGAAAGCUUUCGUGGACACGAUCCUCAGCGACAAUGUAGGCAUAGUUACCAGCCGUCCAGUCCUAACCGAAUACCUCCAAACACUACCGUCCCUCGCCCCGGAGCUGCAAAAAUCUCUCUACACAUACACGCUGGACAAGAUCUCACCGAAGAUCGUCUCCUUCGAGCAAGCAGACUGCACCAUCCGCCUGGCCCUCGCAACUCUGCACGAAGCCUCGGAGGACAAUGCUCAGGCAGCGCGAGUGCUGGAGGGGAUCCAGUUGGAUCCACACCAGCGGCAAAUCACGGACGAAUUCAGACUGGAAGUGUAUAUCCGGAUAAUGCGUAACCUGCUGGAGGAUGACGAGAGCAUAUCCGCCGACAGUUGGCUCAACCGUGCCACCCUCAUCAUACACAAGAGUACUGACGCCAGCCUCAACUUGAACUUCGCCAUGUGCCAGGCUCGCAUACUCGACGCCAAGCGACAGUUCUUGAACGCGUGCUCGAAGUACCAUUUCCUCUCGUUCUCAAACCUUGUUGCAGAGGCAGAUAAGUUGCAGUGCUUGAGCGCCGCCAUGACCUGUGCGAUUUUAGCACCUGCCGGGCCCUUGCGCAGUAGGAGUUUGGCAACGCUAUACAAGGAUGAGCGCGCCCCGCAGCUGCAUAGCGACUAUGCGCUCCUGGAGAAGAUGUACCUCGAUCGCUUACUCUCCGCCAAGGAGGUGGAGGAGUUCGCAGCGCGUUUGCGCCCUCAUCAGAAAGCUUUGCAAAGCGAUGGGACCACAGUACUUUCCAAGGCCGUUAUUGAACAUAAUCUGCUCGCUGCCUCGAGGCUUUACAAUAACAUUGGCGUGGAGGAGCUUGGCGUGCUUCUCGGUCUAUCUGGUGAGAAGGCGGAGGAGUACGCUGCAAGGAUGAUUGAGCAGAAGCGCAUGAAUGGCCAGAUAGACCAGAUCGAUGGGUUGAUUUACUUCGAAAGUGGCGGCAGUGGCGGGGUCGGAGGCGUGGUAGCUGGCAAACAGAUUAGGAAGUGGGACGAGAACGUUGCCGCUCUGGCCUUGGAGGUGGAGAAUAUCACCAGUAUGCUGCAGAAUGAGUAUCCGGUGGUUUACCUCUUUUCUUUGCCUCUCCUCUCCCUUCUCUAACCGGGAACAACGUCUAAUACGAUGAGCAGGACUUUGUCGCAUCACACUUGGUGACUUAGAUAUUUGCUGCGCAGCUACACCUCCUCACUCUAUUGUCGUCCCUACCCAGGAGUUCGGGAUAUUUUUAAUAUGCUUCACUCGGCAUCACUCAUAUCACACUUGUUCUCCUCACCCCAAAGAAAGCCGGAGGGCCUGUCAAUAAACUAUUGCCAUGCCACAAAAGUCCAUAGCUUCAUGUACCGCUUAGACUAUCGUAACAAUCAAAGUGGGGCGAGUGGAAAUCCAUGAUAUACGGUCUUUUUGAUAAAGUAGGAAGG